CCAGAAGAAUAUGGCACACAUUCAGGAAUAUCAGGAUUUGGUGCUCGAUGCCGUUGAAGUGGUGGAAUUUAAAUUAAUACGUUCAAAAAAUGAUUUGGAAAAGGAUGAUAUGGCGUUUCAUCCAAUGAUGGCACAUCAAAUAUUCGGUGAAUCUGAAAGUAUUUUUGGUUAUCGUGGCCUAAAGGUACGAAUUUUAUAUACGGCCGGGCCGUUACAUAUUUAUUUGGGUAUAGAAUAUGAGAAAAAAGUCGAUGAGCUAUCAAAUGGUGAAAUCAAAGCCGAUGAUGUUGUGGCAACAAUAGCUGAAAAAUUACCGGAUGGUUGUUAUUUUGUAAAUAUGGAUGAAUUCCUAAAGACAUUAGAUAAGGCUGAUAAAUUCCAACCGUUUGGUGAAAAACUAACAGAAUAUAAAACCAAAGAUGAUGAGAGCGGCGAUGAAAGACAUUUCGAAAUUUAUUAUUGCAACUACAAGUGUGCAUCUUUUUUGAAAUUCUUUUCGCGUCUGCAAACAUUUGUAUUGUGGUUUGUUGAUGCCGCCUCUUAUAUAGAUGUUGAUGAUCCACAAUGGUCUUAUUUUAUAUGUUAUGAAAAAUAUAAAAACGAUAAUGGUGAAGAACUUUUUGCAACUGUCGGUUAUUCCACAAUCUAUGAGUAUUAUGCCUAUCCUCAACACAUUCGGCCACGUAUUAGUCAAAUGCUAAUAUUACCACCAUUCCAAAAAUUGGGUAUUGGCACCAAAAUGGUCGAGACCAUAUAUAAGUAUUAUCACACACAAAAGAACGUUAUCGAUAUUACUGUUGAGGAUCCUUCCGAAGAAUUUCAACGUAUGCGUAAUUUUGUUGAUUGUCGUUUGUGUAUGGAACUGAAAACUUUCCAAAAGGAAGAAAUUAAAAAAGGUUUCACCAAAGAUAUGGUUAAAGAGGCCCGUGAAACAUAUAAGUUAAAUCCACGUCAAUGUCGCAAAGUGUAUGAAAUUUUACGUCUAUAUCAUACCAAUAUCCAUGACAAGGAGGAUUACACAGCCUAUCGUUUGGAUGUUAAGAAACGUUUAAAUGCUGUCUAUCACAAACAGUUGAGUGACAUUAAAAAAAUGGAAAAGGCAAAAUUGGACACAGAAUGGCUACGGGCCAGAUUACCUACAAUUAAACAGCGCAUAGAACAGCUACAAGAGGAAUAUGAACAAGUUGAAAAGGAAUAUAAACAGAUUAUACAAAAAUUACGUGAUGCCUAAUUGUAAUUUUGU